UUAAUUUAGACAUUGUUAAGCACUUCCAAAUCUUGUUUACUGCAAAAACUUGUUUAAUCCAAAUCUUGUAUAAUUUUAGUGUAGUUUUACAGUCCACGUUUUCUAAAACAAAUAGCAGGUUGCACAAUGUGAACGCGCCUGUUGAAGUUCUUCUAGCGCCAUCUGCUGGAAAGAAACGUUACAUUCCGACAGGGCUUCCUUGACAACGACGACACAAACUUCCUUAGCUACGGCCUAGCGUAAACAUUACAAUGAUGUGUAUGCAUACAUUAGAAAUAUAAGGGAAAAUCAUAAUAAGCGCUGCUUGGUCCUGGAGGGUCGAUAUAUUUGCCUUCUUUAAAGGUAUGUUAGACACGCAAUAAUACUGCUAUGUAUGGCGCUGAGAGAAAUCUCUUAAGUUACGUUAAAUGUUUAUUUUGUGGUGUUAUUUGAUGGAGUGUAAAGGAAUGUAAUCUAGUCAUUUCUAAAUACAAACUAUGCGUAGAUUUUCUCUUCAUGUACAUUUACAUGUACACAGUAAAUAGAAAUUAAAUGUACAUUUUUUGUGUAAGAUUUUUUAAUUCAGUUAUUUUAGGAGUAACUGUAGUUUAUAUCAUGAAGAUAAAAAUGUUUCCUGAUUUUUUAAAUAUUUAAUUUAAAAAGUUGUCAUAUAAUGAAGACUUUUAAUAAUACUGUUUUAAAGAGAUCAUGUUACCGAGUGAACAGCAGAUACUUAUUGCAGAUGAAGAAAUUAUUAAAGAAUUGUGUGUGUCUAAUGGAGUAUCAUAUGAGAAAGUUUCUCAGGAAGGUUGUGGAGUUGUGGAACUGGAGAUGUUUUUCUCUGGGCUUCCUUGUAUGGUGGGUCUCUUUCUCUUCCCCCGACUGUCCAAGCUUACCAUCGUGGGCCAGACCAUCAGCUUGAUUCAGGGCCUGGAGUGUUGCCCAGUUCUCAAUGAAUUAUGGGUAGUGGAGUGCAGGUUGAAUGAGAUUUCAGGCCUACAGAACUGUUUGCAACUGCAGAGGUUAUUUCUGUAUGAUAACAAUAUCCAGCACAUCACCAAUCUAGAGCUAUUGGUCAACCUUGAAGUUCUGUGGCUUAAUAAGAACCAGAUCUCUGAUAUAGAGGGACUGAGUUUACUUGUAAACCUUAAGGAGUUAAAUCUUGCUGAUAAUGUUAUUAAGAAACUUGGUCAUAGUCUGGAUCAAAAUAUUAGUCUCCAAAAUCUAAACCUCGCAGGAAACAAAAUCAGUUCUUUGAAGGAACUGACCCAUCUGACUCGGCUGUCCCAAUUGAGGCACCUGAGUUUGAAGGGCCCCACGUCUACUCCAAACCCUGUGUGUCUACUCUAUAAUUACUACAUUCACAUCCUUUAUCACAUGCCCCACCUGGAGAGUCUGGACACAUAUGAUGUUUCGAACAAGCAACUCAAAGAUACUGCAGAUUCUACAGUGCUAAAGAAGAUCAUGUAUUACACCAUGCGUGUGCGUUCUGCGCAAAGACAGUUUGAUGAUCUCAAAACCAAGAUCCGGCAGCAGUGGAGAGAUCAAAUACAACUACCAGAGAAGAGAAUAUGGAUGCUAACACAAAUGGUUAAGAAUUUAGAGUGUGAGCUGUCAGGUAUACAGGACGUCGGUAGGAAAUCAGAAGAACCUGGAGGCUUGACCUCUGAUACCCUUCUGCACAAACUGGAUGCUCUCAAAGAUCGACUAAAGAUCUGGGAACAGCAUUUGAAGGAGCUAGAGGCGUGUUAUCAGCAUGAAGUGGCUUUGGCCUCCGACAGGAAGGAGAUGAUGGUGCAGCUCCUGCUGUUGCAGCUGGAAACCGUAGGGAACAUUCGCUUUGAGGAGGGAAACACCGGUGAACCUUGGUUCACCCCCUGUUAUGAUCUCCUGCUUUCUCGUUUCUGUGCGUUGGAUUACAAACCUCACCACAUCACUGGCAUGAAAAUCAAUCGGAUCAUCCGUAUCCACAACCGAGCCCUGCGCCUGCGCUUCCAGGAGAAAUUGGACUCUCUUUUCAAUGUGGAAUCUUCAGCCUUCUCACAGGAACACAAACACAAUAUGGAGUAUCUGUUUCACGUCCCCGAUCCAGAGCAUUCAUGCGGGAGAGAUGAGAUACUACACAUCAUAGAAAAUGGUUUUAAAACUGCUGAUGCUUAUGAGGCACUGGGCAGAAAUCGAGCUGUUCCUCUCUCUAACAGUUUAAGUGUGUGUGACACACUGCAGAUGACAUUCCUCCAGAGGACAUCAGAAUGUAACCCUGCGGACCCCCUUCCCUUUAGAAAUGGUCAACUGAUUAUUUCUAAAGUGUUUCUGGGCCGCAGUACUGCAGUGAAGGAGGGUGUCCCAAUACAUUGUGAUCUUUACCCAAAAGUGCACUCUGUCUACCUCAGUUUCGACUUGAAACAGCAAACAGAACAAACAGCCCCUGACUGUGAUUGUAGACAGAGGCAGAAACUAUGGUACAUCUUUGACCAUGAACUGGUGCUUCCAGAGUACCUAGUGGACUUUGAAUAUAUCACACAGGACACAUCCAAGCUCUCUUCAUCUUUGGACUCCUCUCCUGUUAAUACCUCCAUAGCUGUUGAGCCAUCAGUGCCCCAUCGUGACCUGGACCUAGAUGAGAAAGCAUUAAAAAUGGAUCCCAUCCUGAAACCUCACCCAAAGAUGCUCAGUAUAGAUGAGAAAUCUAUACUGGCAGUGGCAAAGGCAAAUGUGCUCAGUCAGAUAACAGUGCUGAAUCUACAUGGUAAUAGUCUGAAUAAACUGUGUGAGAUUUCUCGACUUACAGCCCUUCAGCGUCUCACCCUCAGCUUUAAUAACUUCACUCGUCUAGAUGAUAUUUCACACAUGCCAAAUUUGGAAUAUCUAGACGUUAGUUUCAAUCGUAUUGCAACACUGGAAGGUCUGCGAGGACUUGGCGGUCUAAAAGAACUGGAUCUUCGCUGGAAUCAGUUGACCCGGGUCAGGGAUGACAUGAAUGUGUUGCGUAAACACACUCCUGCUCUGCUCCGCCUGGACUCGCGGCAUAAUCCAUGGCACAGGUAUGAAUGUGUGCAUAUGGUGAUUCUUGGUCGGCUGAAGACUCUCACUCAUCUAGACGGUACUUUAGUAAUGGAGGAGGAGGCGGCUGCUGCAGUUCAAAUGGGUGCCCAAUCCACAAUCAGCCAGGCAUCUCUGGUCGCCCACUCUCGAACAGAUACCGAACGUCCACGUAGUCUGAGUUUGUUGUCUUCUGCUCACCUGCUCACACAGAUCAGCCUGUCUCCAUGGAAACACUCACUUAAGCUUGAGCCAGGCUGGGCUUCCAAAAUCACAGCGCUGAAUCUGGAUGGUCAGCAGUUGACACGACUCGGUAAUCUAGACCAGUUGGUGAAUCUACGCUGGGCUUCAUUUGACAAUAACGAAUUAUCAUAUAUUGAGGGUCUGGAACACUGGCCUCUACUAGAGGAACUUUCACUUAACUGCAACAGUAUCUGCCGAUUUGAAGUACAGUGUACGCUAAAUCGACUGACGCGGCUCAGCAUUAACAGCAACCAGCUGCAGUGUUUAGACGGGGAUGUGUUAGACCGACUGCCCAACCUUCAAUUCCUGUCUGUUGAGAACAACAUCAUCUCCUCUCUGCAUGGAUUUCAAAGGUCACGCGCCUUAAUCGAGCUUUAUAUCGGCAACAAUGAAAUAAGCACCAGCCGUGAAAUCUUCUAUUUAAAGGCACUGUCUAGUUUAAUUAUUCUGGAUCUGCAUGGAAACCCCUUGGUGAAACUGGAGAACUACAGGAUCUACAUGGUGUUUCACCUGCCUUCUCUCAGAGCACUGGAUGGAGUGGCUGUGGAGAUGUGCGAGUCAGAAACCGCUAAAAUGUAUGAAGGGCGACUGACUGCAGAUAUGGUGGCUGAGAAACUGGGACACUGUAACUACAAAGACCUAUCAGAGCUCAGUAUGGAGUCCAGCUCUCUCAGAUUUGUGGAUCUCACACCUGCUGAUUUGUUUGGAAAUUUGCGCAGUAUUAAUCUAGAACACAAUAACCUCACCUCAUUUGGCAGCCUCAUCUUCCUGCCCAACAUCAAGGUGUUGUUUCUGAACCAUAACCACAUUGAGUCAAUUCUGCCACGUCAAAAACUUCAGAGUCACAUGAGCACCAAGCAGGUUCUCCAUCAUAAAGUCACUUCCAGUGGGUAUGGGCUGCGGAACAGCAGGUUCAACAGGGAGAAAGCACCUAGUGAUAAUCUGGAGCCUUUGAUGCCCACAUUGCAAGUUUUGCAUCUAGGUUAUAACGGCAUUUCCAGCCUGAUGAAUCUUCAGCUCAGUCGACUGACUAACCUCAGAGCACUGUUCCUACAAGGGAAUGAUAUCAGUCAGGUGGAGGGACUAGAAGGUUUGCAGAGGCUACGCGAGCUGGUUCUGGAUCGAAAUCGAAUCAAGUUUUUGAAAGAGAACUCGUUCUGUGGACAAUUGGUUCUGGUGGACCUGCACCUGGCAGAGAAUCGCAUUUGUGAACUGAACCACCUGCAGCCGCUCCCAGCGCUCAGAAGAUUGUUCUUAGACAUGAACAAAAUACAGGAUAUUUCAGAGCUGGAGAAACUGGAGGUUCUCCCUUCCCUUGUUGAACUGUCUGUAGUUGGCAACCCAGUGUCACGACGGUCCCUCCACAGGCAAGCAGUGGUACUGCAUCUAUCUAGACUGCAGGUUCUGGAUGGAAUCACAAUCACCCUUGAAGAAAGAACCAGAGCAGAGCUUUUAUCUAAUGAAGCACAGGGUUCUACAUCUAGCUCAGUCAGUGAUGUGACUUUACCUGGUCUGGCACCACUGAUCAUCCGACCAGCUCCUUCAAGACGUACCAGCCUGAAUUCAGGAAUAUUCACAUUCUUUUCUGAUCAGCAAGAAGACAUGCACGAUACCAUCAGAUUUAGGAAGCAGAGAGCGGGUGUCUCUCUCCUGCGUGGUCUUCAAAGUGACGUGAGCUUCAGGCAGAUCAGAGGACCUUUCAGUCUCUACGCAACAGCACUACAGCCAAUCAGACAAAGAGUUUAUCCUACCUACCCUAACAUUGAUCCUGAGAACAGGUUCCGGUAUCACAGUGGGCCCAGACCUCCACCUCCUUUGUAACUGCAGAACCAUGGUGACACACUAUGUGUGCAUGUUUGGGCUGACACACUAUGUGUGCGUGGUGUUUUUGUUGACUUCCACAAAAUGUGCUGGAUCUAUGCAUUUUAUAUUGAACUUAUAUUCACAGUUGAUUCACAGAAUGUUUAUUGUUUGAAAAUGAUGACGAAUACCAUACCAUAAAGAUAUUAAAUGGAUAAUCCUUUGAGUC